GAGGUUUAAGCCAGGAGAGCUAAGAAGGUUUACAGAACGGCCUGCAGCCUCAAGCACACAGAUGGAGCAGACUUCCAAUUUGGGGCUUGGGGACUCAUCGCUGUUCCGCUACCUGGAUGGAGAACUCUGGAGCCUUAAGAACGAGCUUCGCAGAGCCCUGGAGAGCUCUCCUCUCUUCCAGCCCAGGUAUGAUUUAAGUUUGGAGGAAAUGAGAGCUUUGACGAAUCAGCGAGUGAAGUUUGUCUUGAGUCUCCCUGUGGUAAAGCAUGUACUCCUGGAUCAGGAAGAAAAAAGGAAGAGCUUCAUCAGCCAAAUCCUUAUCCUGGGAGAAGUGCUCUGCAUGGUGGAUGUGUCCAUGUCUAUAAAGUGUGGAAUCCUUUUUUUGUUAUUUGGUGGUGCAAUCAGCAAUCUUGGAAGUCCUGAACAUGUUACCAAGUGGUUUUGGCCACUCAAGGAGCAGAAGUAUACUGGGAUGUUUGCAAUGACUGAGAGGGGCCAUGGGAGCAACGUGAGAGGGAUCCAGACUGAGGCCACCUUUGACCUCGACAAUCAGGAGUUUGUGAUUGACAUGCCGUGUGAGAACGCCCACAAGAUGUACAUCGGCAAUGCCAUGCAUGGGAACUACGCUGCUGUCUUCGCCCAACUCAUCAUUGAGGGAAAGUCUCAAGGGCCCCACUGUUUUAUUGUCCCUAUCAGGGAUGAAAAUGGAAACUUGUACCCAGGAGUGACAGCUAUUGACAUGAUGCACAAAGAGGGUAUGAAUGGUGUGGAUAACGGAAUUUUGAUAUUUGACAAGGUUCGGAUUCCCAGAGAGAACCUGCUGGAUAAGUUUGGUUCUGUGACUCCAGAUGGACAAUACCAUUCACCUAUUCAAAGCAAGAACGCAAGAUUCAAUGCGAUCCUGGCAACACUGACUCCUUCAAGACUAGCAGUGACUUUCCAAGCUUUGGGCGCCAUGAAGCUUGGACUGAUGAUAGCCAUCCGCUACAGCCACAGCCGAAGGCAAUUUGGGCCCAAGGACAAGGAAGAAGUGAAGAUCAUUGAGCACCAAAUGCAGGCACUCAGGCUGAUGUCUCACCUGGCCACAGCCCUGGCCGUGACCUUCACAAGCAGGCAUGCAGACGACAUCCUGGAUGAAGACAUCUUCCAGGGAAGGGCGCUCACCAACAGUCGCUCGCUACAGGCACUGAUGGCUGGACUGAAAGCCUACAGUACAUGGGAGACUGUUAGCUGCCUACAGGACUGUCGUGAAUGCACCGGAGGCAUGGGUUACAUGAUGGAAACCAGAAUCUCAGACCUGAAAUGUGACACAGAUGUGUUUGUAACCUUUGAAGGUGACAAUGUGGUCAUGCUUCAGGUUGUGGCCCGGGAACUGCUGGCCCAGUACAGCAAGCAGCAUAAGAAAAACCUGCUCUUGGGUGUGAUCCAGAACUGGACAGCAACUGCCGGGGACAAGCUGAGAACCAGUUUCCUGGCGUUUAACACUGACACGGUAGGAUGUCUUGCCUUUCUGCUGAAAGCAGUGAAUUUUCGAGAAAGGGUUCUUCAGCGGAGUUUGGUGUCCAGAAUUUACUAUAAGGUGGUGACCAAGAAGGGGGACUUCUUCAGUGCCUGGAACUCCUGUAUGCACCAUGUCACCUCAUUGUCUCUGGCACACAUUCACAGAGUUGCACUAGAGCAGUUCACGACGGCAGUGAGGCAAUGUCCCAACAGGGAGGACCAGGCUUUGCUAAUGAAGUUUUGUCUGCUGUAUGGAACGAAGCUGGUGUUCCAGGAGCGAGGCUGGUACUUAGAACAUAAAUACCUGACCCCCAAGGCCAGCAUGCUGAUCAGGGCUCAGUUGCUGAAUUUGUGCGAGUCCGUGAAGGAUGACGCCCUGAAGGUGAUCUCUGCCUUCAACAUUCCACACAUCACCAUCCGUGCACCAAAAACAGGAAUCCCCAACCCCGGGGCUGCCGAGGCCGCCUACCCGGCACCCAUGCAACCGCUCGUGCGGGAUGCGGCGCGCGCUCAACUGGCCAAGCUGUGAGCCAGGCGAGAAAUUUAGUGUCCCAUCUUCCAAGUAUUUGGCCAGAGCUGGAGCAGAGGCCAAAGUGGCAGGUGCAGGGCAGCCACCUUGGGGAUUUUGGUCUGGCAGAGGAGGUCCAGCUAAGGCUGGCGAGGAGCAGGGCAAGUUGUCCGGGAGAGGGAGCCAUAGAUGGAUACCCCACUAUCACAGUGACUUAGCCUGGUUUGUAGCCUCGCCUGGCCUUUACCUUGACUUCUCCCAGCCAUGGCCCUGGAUCCCCCAGACAAUCGUCUUCGCCCACCGCAUGGUGCCACCAAAGAUCUCUACUGUCAGUGGUGACUCAUAUUCCCAGAGACUUCGAAAAGCUCUGGCGCUGGGUUAAAAAAAAAAAAAUCAAAACAUAAAAAUCAAACACCCUUAGGCAAAAGGGGUGGAGGAAAGCUCCACCCUCUCCAAGCUCGGGCAAAAGUUCAGCGAGGGAUGAUUCGUGAAUCAGGCUUGCUCCAGCUUUGCGAGGAAAUGCACUGGCGAGAGCGGAGAGCUUGAGCCUGCAGUCGCCCUAGUCUCACCAGGUAGGUGAUCUCCGGACCGCACGACCAUGCGCGACAAACGCUCCUCCGCGCUAAACUGUUACCAACCCUUCAGAAAAGCAUAGAUGUGCAAAGAUUAAUAAAUAAUAGAAAGAUGCUCCCGCGGCUUGGAGAGGUAGGGCUGGCUGGCCUGGGGAAUAAUUGGAAUAAAGUGAUUUUGGAAUUUGGAGAGAUUACACAGGCGGAAAUGAAUUUCUCAUUUGUGUUCUGACUUGGUGUUGCCCAGUUUCGUUCUCAUCUCUAGCCAUCGACUCGCUCCCCUCCCUCCAUAUCCGCUGGCAGCCUCAGUAAGGCACCAGUGACCCACUGGCCCUUCCCACGCUGCUCUUCUCUGCUGUCAAAUCCGGUCCCAGGAGUUCUUCCGACACAGCCAGAGAAAGCUGAAUGGGCCCAAAGGCCCGCGGCUACCUGACUUGAGGCACUUGGUGGAAGCUCCCCUGACUGCCUUGUUCCCUGGUGAUGCAAGAGCCUCCGCCUCCAGGCCGGCUUCCUAAUUAGGACCUAAAAAAGAGCACAUAGCCCAACCCGUUGCUUUCCCCAGUGCCUGUAUAUUUUCUUUUAGCAUGUCCAGGGUUGCAGAAUCGGAAGACUCCAGAGCAGCCUGCUCCUACAAAGAAACACCAGCGCUUCCCCACCCCCACCUCCCACCCCUGUAUGGUUCUUUUCUAGUCCAAGUAUGAGGCGCCUAGCUCCACGCUGAGGGCGCAGAAUACUUGCUGCUGGCUUUGGACUCCCAGAGUAGCAGUAGCAGAUUGGGCUGCAUGGGUGGGAUGCCGAGUGGCCAAGGCACAGUACUGCUUCACAGACCUUGGUCAGGACAGACCUGGAUCGGCGGUGUACUUGACUUCAUCCACGCCCUUGCCCUGUGCGCUCUUGUAGCGAUCACCCCUGACCUCCAGCAGGAGCAAGGCUUUGCCUUGAACACCCCAGCUUCCCUGGGAACCAAUGGCUUCUUUGAUCUCACUCAGGAUUCACUUGAGAAGCUAGACUUUAGCAUGGGGCUGUGCUGUGUCACCGUGACGUUAGAUCCGCAUACAAACACCAAAAUGACCAAGAUGGCCCAACAUUGAUUGGGACGGCAGGUCGCAACACUUGUUCUGCAAGAAAAGGCUACGUCCUACUUACUGCCAGCCUGGAUGCAGGUUGGGUAGCCCAUUAAUAGAGUUUCCUUAAUCUCGUGUGGGGAGUGGGACGUUCCAUUUCCAGAGCAGCUUUUUUGGGCCGCCGCUAUGAGAGAAGGGGCUGGGGGUGGGGAUGCACAUGGCGCCAUUGACUUCCAGACUUCUGUUGGAAUCACAAAGGCCUCAGGAAGAUCAAGGGAUUUUUUUUUCGACCCCCUUAUGGUUUUCCCAGCUCGGCCUGAACUCCGCUGCUCCAUGGUCGCCAGCAUCGGCGGACCGAUGGAUAGACAGUUCCUGGCGUACACUGUGAGCCCCAAACAUUUCGAGGCUCCCAACACCGCUCAUGGCACAACCGUCUUUCCUUGGUAGCCCCCCUCCUUUUCCUUGUAGUUAUUCUUUUCCAGCUAACUUUCUCAUUCCCCUAUUUUAUAUGCUUGUCGUGCCCGCCCAUCGCUCCCUGAAGCUUCCCGCUUCUCUUGUCUCUCAACUGUCCUUCUCACCACCACCUCUGCCUCUUAAGUAACUGGGCACUAGGGAAACAAACAUAUAAACCACAACAACAACAACAGCACACACACACAAACACAACACUAAGGAGAGCCUAAAGGAGGACAGAAGGCAGAAGGCGGCGGCGACGAAGAAUCUCGCUUGAGGCGCAGACGAAGAGGGGUGAGCAUCUUGCUGAUCUGAGUCCCCCGGAGGUCAGGAAUUCUAGGAAAGGACAGUCAAAGGCCAGUGCCCAUCCUUGCACCAAUCUAAUCCUCAUGGUUUGGGGCUGAGAAGCUGUGCAAAGCAAGGGCGGAGGGACGCCUUCUGAGGCUUCCAACUGGCGCCCGCGGCCGGGCUGGACACAGAGCAGUGUACCCUGAGCGCCCCCUAAGUUCCGCUCUGCGAGGUGGCCGCCACGGGCGGACGGGGAGGGGCGGGUACAUUCUGAGUGGAGGAUGGGCGAGCAUGCAGCUGCCCGCAGGCCAAGACACUAGGGUAAACACGCCGGGGUGGGCGGCGCACGCAAACUGCAGGACAGCCGGCGGGGCCACCCUCCCCACUACCUGUCGCAGCCUGCACGCGCCAGCGGCCUGGGGGCCGUGGGGGGUGGGGCUUACCUUCCGGCUUGCCGGGGGCCGGACUAAACGGGGGCGGAGCCCGCGGUGAUUGGGCGCGGGGGCGGGGGCUCAACUACCGCAGAGUCUCAAGAGCAGGCUGCUUUCACUUCGCUCCCCGCAGGCACUGGGUCACCAGCUGGUUGGAGCUCUGCGGUCCUUGCCAUCGUCGCCGUCACCGGAUUCCUGCAGCCGCUCUGCGAGCUGUGUUCCACUUGGAUUCACACCACCUCCGCUGCUCCCGCCGCCACCGCCUCGGCGCCCUUCCCCUGGCCCUCGUCCACCCAAUGUCUGACUCUGAUUCUCGGACUGAGAAACGCAAG